CAGAACUUUCUGAUUGGUUAUGCAGUCAUGAAGGAUGAGACGGCUGCGAGUUACCGUUGGGUGUUGGAAAAGUUGAGAAACUACAUCGGCCCAAAUGUACAGCCAUCGGCCAUCGUAAGUGAUUGUGAGGGAGGUCUUUUUGCCCCUAUAGCGGAGCUGUUUCCGGAGUCGAGCCAUUUACUGUGCACAUGGCACAUCAACAACUGCGUGAAAGUCAAAGCCUACAACCUUUUCAACAAGAACUUAGAUUCAGCAGAGAGAUUGGUAAAUGGUAAGUGGCGGAAGAUCCUGCAAGCUACCACGGAGGCAGAGUACGAUCGAGCCUUGGAAAACUUAAAGGAUGCGUACAAGUGGUGCCCGCCAAUCGUAGACUAUGUGAUGCAUCAGUGGGUACCUCAGAGGGAAAAGUUUGUCAAAUAUUGGACGAACCAAGUUCUUCAUUUUGGGAACACUACGACAUGCAGAGUCGAGAGCGCUCAUAGAGCUUUGAAGGACUGGAUUGAUUCUUCCACGGCUGCUCUGGAUACACUGUUCGAGAGAAUAAACAAGGCUAUUGAUACUCAGAGGAACGGCAUCAAGAACUAUCUCGAGGACUCCAGACGACGACAUGGCAUGUUGUAUGGCCAUUUCAUAUUUAAGAUUCUCCACGGUCGUGUGUCACACCACUGUUUGGGGUUGAUUCUGAGCGAGUAUACCAGGAUGAGGGAGUUGGGCGAUGAAGUGGCUAUUCGGUGCGGAUGUGCUAUAUCAAUGACUCAUGGAUUACCUUGUGCAUGCACCAUUCACCGCGUAAUUACGCAAGACAGGGCGUCGUUACAUGUCGAUCAGGUUCAUCCAUUCUGGCGGACGCUCGUUAUCGGAGAGCAUGCUGUUCCGCAUACGGUUCACCGUGAACAGGAGGAGUUGGAGCAGUUUCAGAUGAUGUUUGACCAAGUGUCCUCCAGUCACCCUUCGAUCAUUCGUAGUGCUACACACAUACUUCAUGACAUGUUCAAUACAUCGUGUUUGGAUACCGAGGAACCGGAAGGGGUCGAGCGACCUAGGGGUCGACAACCACGGCGGAACAAGAGUGCGUUUGAGUACAUUCGCGGUCGUGGCCGUGGCCGUGGCCGUGGCCGUGGUCGUACAUCCUCAUCAAGUGGCAGCCAAUCAUCGUCGUCGGUGAAUAUGCCCGGCACCGGGAGAAUGGACAUUGAACAUUUUCCAUAUAAGGACAGGAUCCCUAAUAUCAUGAUGCCAUUCUUGGACGGGUGGAAUGAUGUCAUUGCAGAUGGUAACUGCGGAUUUCGGGUUGUGGCGGAUGUGUUUCAAAUGGGUGAAGACAACUACGGUUUAGUGCGGCAGUUGAUGUACAGUGAAAUCGCAUCAAACCGAGAUGUGUAUGGCCAUGUGUACGGCGAGGACUUGGAUAGGUCUCUGCAACGUAUCCGGUGGGGAGGGGGACCUUGCGGUCAAAAUCAUUGGUUCGAUGCGCCACUUGAUCUCUUUGCCGUUGCAAACAUCUACAAGUGUGCAGUCAUGCAUUUCGGCCUUGGUUUACAUAGUCGAGCCUAUUAUCCAUGUACAACGGUUCUGCCCUGGUGUUCGCGCGAGACCGUCACCAGACCGGUAAGGGACGUUGCUAUUGGAUUUCUUGGGCCGUCAUACAGACAUUUUAUCCGAUUAGACAUGUCACCCGAUUUUCCGGUCCCAAAUAUCAUACCGAAGUGGUAUGAAAUUCGUAGAGCAAGCGUGGAGGGUUGGGAUGCUUUGUACCAUGCUCGCGUGCAACAGUGGAACAAUUUAAUUGCCAUGUAGUUUUUGUUGAUGUACACCUACCUUUUACUAUGAGGCCUUGUAUUGUCAAUACUAUGUCAUUUCUAUGUGUUCAUUUUUAAAAGAUAAUGUUUCAUUUUAAAAA